UCUCCCUUCCCGACGCACCAACGGUCACAUCGGUCACAUUUCUCUCUGCAAACUGCCCCCCUCGAACAUGAAAACCCACCACCAUAGCAUAGAUUCUCCACCUCUCUCUCUCUCUCUCUCUUGGUAAACAAUAAUGGCUGCUUCGUCUUCCUCCCCAUCUCUUCUCCUCCGCCUGGUAACCGUGCUCUCCACAGCCCACUUUCUCUGCCAGCUGGUGGCCCAGGCGGCGAGCGGCGGAGGAGCGGGAGCGGAGGAACUGUGGUGCGUGGCGAAGAACAACGCGGAGACGGCGGCGCUGCAGAGGGCGCUGGACUGGGCUUGCGGCGCCGGCGGCGCUGACUGCCGGGCCAUCCAACAAGGCGGCGCCUGCUACGACCCCGCCGACAUGUUCAAAACGGCGUCGUACGCCUUCAACGACUACUUCCUCAAGAACGACCUCACCGACGACAGCUGCAACUUCGCCGGCACCGCCGCCCUCACCUCUCUCAACCCCAGUGAGGGUAGCUGCAAAUUUCCAUCCAGCUCGACUGUGAAGAAUGGGAGCUUUGCAGGGAUGCAAACGACAGUGGGAAUAGGCCCAGCAAGCGCAGAUACAAGUGCCGGCAAUCAUGGCAGCAGCGGUGGUACGCGGCGGCGUUGGGCGGCGGCGAUCGCCAUUCAGCUGUUCUAUGCGAUCACAGUGGCUUGUAGAGCCGUGUAAAGCUCAGCCCUCUUCUUCUUCCCUAUCUGUGUAAUCUUGAAGCUACGCAUAGUGAACUAACUUUAGUCCACUUGACAGUUAAUUAAGGUUGGAAAAAAUUAAUUUGAUCUUCUUAAUGGAGUCUUUUGUUUUAUUUUUUCCCUUAACAAAAGGGGAAACCCUAGAUGAGAGUAGCACGUCAAAGAAUUUGGAAGUACAACAUUAGAGAUUGUUUUUAAGUUUUAGGGUUUAGAGAUUUUUGAGUCUCGA